AUGGGUGACCACCAGAACGCGCCCACGCAGGAAGAAGACCAGCUCUGUUACAUAGACAGAUUCGACGUAAACGAGCUAAUCGGAGGAGUAGAGCAGAAUGAAGGAGAUGCCCAAUGCAACGAAGGUAGCGAUGUGUGCAAGUACGAAAUACCGUUCUUUCUCUGCAACGGGGAAAACAAUAGGGAAGACUCCGAAAGAAACUCCUCAGUCAGUUACCUCGACGAUGGAGCGUCCACUAUCAUUUCGAAGCAAGAUGAGGACAACGGAACGGAAGAAGAUCCAGUAGGGAAAAAAAAAACAAAAAAAAAACAAACCAUCAAAACGAAAGGGAAAGGAAAGGGGAAAAACACACAAACAGCAAAGGAAAAAAUUAAUAUUAUUUUUAUACCCAAUGAUGGUAGAGGACUUGACAGUUUUGAAGAAAUACUCUCCAUGAAAAAUGUGAGCAGUGAAAAAGUAGAAAAAAAAUUAAACGAAAAAGUUUACCAAAUAUUUUGCAAAAGUGUUGCAGAUAUAAACACACACAAUUUGAGUAAAGCGAGGAAAGGAAGUGAGCGGCAGAGAAGGGGGACUCUCCAUGUAGAACACAUCGAUUAUGGGGAUAUAUUUCUCUCCAUUAGGGAUUCCAUGACGAGGAGGGAAAGGAGAAGCAGCAACAACCUUCUGCGGGAUGACUCACGUAGGCAGCUGAGGAGGUACACUAAUGGGGAGGACCAUCAACAGGCGUUACUGGGGAGGAGGAAGGUUAAAAAUGCAUACAAUUACCGCUGCAACGGUGGGAACUUCUUCAAAUCGUACAGAAAAAAAGACACUCGUUAUUGUCUCCCCAUUGGAGGAGACCGUGUUAUAGAAAAGGGAGCUAGCCACGUUCGUAGGAGAAGAGUUGCCGCUUCACAUAACCACCACGUUGCAGCCAAUAAGCGGAGGAACUACGUCCCCCUGGAGGAUAGGAAGUUUCUACCAAAUUGUUAUAUGACUGAGAAUGGGAAGAAACAAAAUGGCAUGUACUCUCCGGGUGACUACGAGGAAAAGAAGGGGCCGCCUUUCCCAGGGGAGAAAAUCGCUCCAAACAGUGUUUUCAUUCAUUCGGGGAGGAGCCCACGUGGGACUGAUGUGACACCCCAAGAGGGGCAAACAAAUAGAAUCCGAGCCGCUACGCAAGAAGAAAUACACCACUGUGAGCAGCAGUACUACCCCUCGAGGAGGGACAACGGUGAGGUGGCACCACAUAAGGGAAGCGCCCCCGCAGUUUUAGAGAUUAGCCAAAGGGAUAAACAACCUGGGGAGGGGGCAACAAGUGAAUGUGAAAUAAAUUUUGCUUUUGACUCCAGGGGGGAAGAGAAACACGACGGUGAGGCAGAAGCGGGGAAUGCGCCAGAGGUUAAUGACGCAGACGUGGCAAAGGAGGGGGAGAAGAAGGAUAGCACAAGCCCCCCCAUGCAUAGUCACCAUGUGGAAGCAAAAGAAAAGAUAGCACCCGAUGAUGGGGACGCCAGUGAGAUGUGCCACUGGAGAGAAGAGGCGAGUGCAUGUGCCGAAUCGGUAGUCAGUUUGGGGAGCCUCAAGCAAUCGGGAGGGCACGGAGGAAGCAACCCCUGUUUAUACAGCAGGGAAGACAAAGAAUAUUUCGACUUGCUGGUGAGAAGGUAUGAAAAGACGAAAUUGUCUCUGGAGGGCAGUGAGGUUUUGUCCGUCAGUGUGAGCGACGCGCCAGGGGGGGAGGCGGCGGUGAUAGAGGCGGGAGAAGUGGGAGAAGUGGAAGAGGCGGAAGUGAUGCAAGUGGUGGAAGAAGCCGGGGAGGCAAAUGAGAUCCUUCUGGGGGAGCCCAAGCCGGAGGACCGAGCGAGUCAAAUCGACGCGGAAGAAGGGGAGGACGCACCAACGGGGGAGCCCCCAAUGGAUAAGGCACCCACUGAUGAGAACCUCCAAAUAGGGAGGUACGAGGAGCUCCUCGAAAACGACAUGUGCGAUUUGUACAACCUGAAGAUGCACGAUUUAAAGACGCUAAAAAAAUGCGAUUUUGGUCUCUCGAAAAAUUUACUCAUAAAGGAUAUCUUCAUGUAUCAUAGUAACGGCUUGAAGGAAGACGAGGGUCCGUUAGAUGUAGACGGGAUGGAAGAUGCACAGGGGGGAAAUGAAGAACCUGUUGAUGAAGACGAUGGAGAAAUUAAAAGCUUCCUGGCGAAACUGAAGGCAGAUGUGACUAGCCAAAUAGGCAUGAAUAAUGAGGACGGUGAGCAGGCCUUCGAUCUGCUAGAUUCGGUGCACGCGAAUGAUUGUUACUAUGAUUGCGAUGGGGGGGAGGAGGAUGUAAGGGGGCGUGACCUCUUCGAGGAUGAUCCCCACGACGGAGAGGAUUUCCCCAUGGGGUCGAAGCUGAAUCUGUCGGAUUUGGAUGACGACGUUGGCGGUGGCACAGCGGGUGUAGCAAUCGGUGUAGGGAUGGACCCUGCGGUUGAGGAGACCCCCCCCGGAGGAGGGUCCCUGUUCGAGAGCCCAACGAAACUGGAGGAAGAGAGGAAGGACACGGAAUGCCAAACGGAGUUCCCCCUGGAUUUUUCGAGGAACACCAACAGAACCCCCAGAAAAAAAAGCGUAGAGGUCAUUUUAGUAAAAAAAAAACUGAAGAGGAUGAAGGAGAAGGACGAGGAAGGGGAGGACGAAGGACAAAACAAAUGGGGAGUGAGUCAGACGGAUUCAAAAGGUAAAUGUAGAAGGUACCCAAGAAGAAACCGAAUUAAAACAUUACGCUAUUGGAUUGGAGAAAGGGAACUCACCAAGAGGAACCCACACACAGGGGAAAUUGACGUCGUCGGAUUUAGCGAAUGUACUAACUUGGGGGAUUUGUCUCCUCACAUUAUUGGGCCAAUAAAAUAUAAGACGCUGAAUCUGAGGGAUAUGAUGUACCCUUUGAGUGCUGAUGAUGAGGAGGGUGGGCAUCGUCGGGGGAGUGACUCUGUGGAUGACGCUUCGGGUGAUGGGUUGGCUGGUUUCCACACGGAUGGUCAGGCGGAUGGCCGAGUGAAGACACACGUGAGUGAUAAUCGGGGGGGAGGCCAAAGCAGGAAGAGGCGCAGGAGUGAGCAGAAAGGGGCACUUGAGAGGGACGCUAAUGCAGAGGAGGUCGUGGAGGAGGUCGCGGAGGAGGGGGAGGACGACUCCGAGCGAGUGGGCGCUCGACUCUCCAGCAGAAGCUACAACGUUUCCAGGAGAAGGCGGAAAAGGAAGUUCAUCAACAUUGUUAAUUAUAUUAAGAAGAGGAGAAGGAAAAAAGCGGCCAAAGGUGUUGAGAAGCGGGAGGGGGACAGCUCGGAGGGGAAUCACACCGUGGGGGAGGAUCACAACUCGGGGGAGAACCACAACGCGGAGGAGAAUGAGGACAACCUGUUUCACGAUGCGAGCAGCUGGCGUUUCGAUGAGGAGGUCGCCGGUGUGGAAGAGGCACCAGGGAUGGAGGCGCCAACUGAAGAGCUACCAGUUGAAGAGGUACCAGGGAAAGAGGCGCCAAAGGAAGAAGCACCAAUUGAAGAGCCACCGGUUGAAGAGCUACCAGUUGAAGAGCUACCAGUUGAAGAAGCACCAAAGGAAGAAGCACCAAGGGAGGAGCCCCCAAUCGAGCUGCCACCCGUCGAAGCGGCUGACCAGCUGGUUGCGACUGAGGAAGGCUUGGAGGAGGGGACCAAAGAGAGCGCAAUCGAAGGGGAAGACGAAGAGGCGAAGGGCGCGACGAAAAAAAAAGUCUCCGAGAAGAGCAAAACGGAGGAGAAGAGGAAAAAAGAUGUGAAAAGGAAAAUAAAGGAAAGAAGAAUCGAUCAGAUGUACAAAGAGUUGUCUCUGUUCAAUUUGGAUUUUCUGUCCACCGGGGGGAAGGUCAAAGCGUCGAAGGGGGAGAAGAAGGCCAGGCGGGGCGCGCCCGGGGGGAAAGGCGCGAAGAAGGACAUAACUAAGGGGGGGAAGGAGGGGAGGAAGGAGAAGAAGCAAUCGAAGCAGGAAGAAACGCAGAAGGAGCAGACAUCGGGGGAGCCGCAGAGCAGCGAAAACACCGCCUGCGAUGAGGAGCUAAAUGGACCGAAAGUGGCGACCAUUUUGAGGACAGACGAAGUUGGUAGCACGAGCGGUGAGGAGGCCGAUGGUAAGGUUGCAUCGGAGGAGAUUAGCUGUACAGUUGAACAUGACGAAAAGGAGUUACCUCCGAGUGGCGAUCUGCUCGUGGAGGAGAGUCCUGCUGACAGUGAGGGGAAGCCCCUUUUUGGAGAGCAGCCUCAGUACCAUCAACAGGGUAAGGAUGAGGCGGACGAUGUGAAAACAAACGAAGUCAUUUCUUCUAACCUUUGUGAGGUGGAGGAAUACACGAAGCGGAAAGUUCAGUCGACUGCAAAUGAGGCGAAGAGUGGGAGCACAGCAGGGGAGGACGAAGCGGACGUACCUGUGACAACUCCACAGAAUGACGGAGCAAAGUUAAAUCAUAUGAAAGAGGAAAGAAAUGAUGAGGGGGGAAAAUCUGAGAGGAAUAAAAAGAUAAAGAUGGUUCCCGUUGAAGGAGGAACCGAAAUGGCAGAUGUGCGGAAGGACUCAUCAAAUGAAGUGCCGUCUUGUAGCCGUACAGAUACUCAUCUACAGGGGGAGGAGAAGAAUGGGACAGCACUGUGUGUGAAGUCCAGUAGGGAUUAUAAGACCGUUUUGAAGAAAUCCCUCCGCGUAAAAGUUGUUCAUUUUGAUGUGGAUAGAAGGAAGCAGAGGAGGAGCAAAACGGGGGGGGCCGACGCGAUGGGUGAAGCGGCGGACAUAUUGCACGAAGUGAAGAUCCCCCAGCUGCUCAGCCUUAACAGCUGCAUUAUCACAGAACCUGUUUGGCGACGUCAAGGUGGACCUCAGCCUGUACAGCGUCCGGAUGACCCCGCGAGAAAAAUACAGCUCGAGCAGCCUCCACCACAACUUGGUGGGGUACGUAGACGCCGGGGAGAGGAUUAA